AUGCUUACUGCGAAUUUACGUAAGAACCUCUUGUUCGAGGCUGCGCAACGGAGAUUUAUGCCAUUAUCUUAUAAGUAUAAUAAGUCGGAGAAGGCGAAGGGUGCUGUAACAAAGCUGAAAACAUGGAAAGAGCAGAGAGAGAUGGUAGUCUGUCUUUUCUCAACCGACCACCGACCGGAACUGUUGGUAUCCAUUAUGGUACCACCGGACGAAGGGAUCCCAUUGUCUCAUUGCCUCUUGGACCUGGACACCUAUAUAUCACGUGCUCAGACACAAGAAUUGUCAUCCGACAAGUUGAGCAUGUGCGUGUUAUGGGUACAAACAUUCUGUUGGUCGGCUCUUCACCGAAAAGACCAAGAGGUGUUGUACGCACACAUGCAUCAAUCUUAUCCAGACAAG